UAAAGGCUCACACGAAGUCACUGAUUGCAGGCCAAGCGCGUUCGUUGCAGAGUAGGUCAUGGCCGACGAUUGUCCAGAUAAGAAUAUCCUCCAGAGCACUGCUCUUCUCCAGUAUAUACUGGAAGCCAAUUCCUAUCCGCGAGAGCACGAACAGUUGAAGGAACUCAGAGAAACCACACUCCGAAAGUUCGACAAGUCCUUGAGCGUGAUGAGCGUACCGGCGGAUCAAGGAUUGUUUCUAUCAAUGCUUCUGAAACUGAUGAACGCAAAGAAAACGAUAGAGAUCGGCGUAUUCACCGGCUAUUCGCUCCUAACCACUGCGCUAGCGCUGCCUGCUGAUGGUCAGAUAACAGCCAUUGAUGUAAACAGAGCAUCAUUUGAGAUCGGUUUGCCAUUUAUCAAAAAGGCAGGAGUUGAUCACAAGAUCAAUUUUGUGGAAUCACAGGCAUUGAUUGUCCUCAACAACCUCAUCAAUGACGACACGAAAACGGAAUAUGAUUUUGCAUUUGUCGAUGCUGUCAAAGGAGAGUACAUUAAGUAUCACGAGUUCCUUUUAAGAUUGGUGAAAGUAGGUGGAGUAAUUGCAUAUGACAAUACUUUAUGGUACGGAUCAGUGGCACAAAAUGAUGACGUCGUUCCUGAUGAUUUGAAAGCUAAUAGAAGCCAUAUACGAGAAUUCAAUGCUUUUUUAGUUAAUGAUUCACGUGUGGAGAUAGCUCUCCUCUCCAUUGGAGACGGCCUCACUCUUUGCCGACGUGUCAAGUAAUCUGUUCAUCCCUUCUACCCUUUGGAGACUAUUGUUUUAAUAACAAAUUAGCCCAAAGGCUCGUCGAAUCGGUUCUUUUCAGGACCUUUUCUUAUAACGCCUUUUUUAACGCUUCUUAAAGAAUAAGUCAUGGAUGGUGAACUUUAAAAUGUUUUUAGUUCAAUAUCAAAUUAUGGGGCAGUGCGGGGUUGGAGUCGACCCCGUCCUUGACCCCAUAUAGCUAAUAGGGAGAAGUCUCUCCCCGCUCUCUCCCCUAUUCACGAUGGGUCUUGUCUUUAGCCUCGUGAUUUAAAUAAACAUCAUUAUUUGUCUUUAACU